CAGAUAUCUCAUUCUGCAAAACAACAAAUAAAAGUAUGUCUUGGUCAUUUUACUGGCACCUGGUCCACUGUGUUUAAAAAUAAUGAGAACAGGAAGGAAGUCUGGUGUAUGUUAACCACCUGCUAUCUCUCUCCUGCUUGUUCUUACGCCCACAGAGGAGCGUUACAGUUCAAUGUGACCAAUCUGUAUCAUUCUGCACGUUAACCUUGUUUUAUUGUCAGUGAAGCCACACGGAGAGGAGCAGCCAUGACUUCAACUGAAGCAGCAAGUCGAUUUUUUGUCUUCCUUCUCUCUGUGCCAGUGAUACAGGGUCAGUAUGGCUGGGGAGUGACUUACACCUCUACUAAGAUCUGUGCCUUAAAAGGAUCAACAGUAGAAAUACACUGCAGCUACACAUACCCAUCCAGAAUAAACUCUGAUACUACAGUUGUAGAAACCAUCUGGCUCACGAGAGUAAGUUACUAUGAACCUGUGGAUCUGAAAACAGACCCACAGUAUUCAGGUCGUGUGCAGCAUCACUGUGAUAAGAUUAGGAACAACUGCACUCUGAGAAUCACAGACCUGAGAGAGAGCGACUCAGCUGAGUACAUUUUUAUGUUCAUCACGAACCAGCGAGAUGGGCGUUUUGCUGGUUCACCAGGAGUCACUUUGUCUGUCACAGAUCCAGAUCUCCGGGUGCAGGUGAAAUCAAUUACCCACCAGAGUUAUUCCAAGGCAGAGCUGAGGUGUCACAGCAGUUGUCGUCUACCUGACAGUCCCUCCUACAUCUGGUACAAGAAUGGACAGAAAAUAAAGGAAGACGCAUCAUCUAUUUCAGUCUCCAUUACGUUAACAGACAGCUAUUCAUGUGCCCUUAAAGGACAUGAGGAUUUCCCCUCUCCUUCAGCGUGUGUUGAUGGUCGAUACUGCAACAGAGUGACGUACACUCACAGAAGCGUCUGUGCCAUUAAAGGCUCAACAGUGGACAUUUCCUGCACUUACAAUAGUCACAGAGAUGAUGUUGAAUCUAAACUCUGGUUCACUACUGAACGCAGUCAUCAGUGGCAGAAUCCCUCACAGCCUGAGGAUCUUACUGAAGACUCCCAGUACGCAGGUCGUGCUCAGGUCAUUGAAACAAAUAGAGGAUGCUCCACUCUGAGAGUCACCAACCUGAGAGAGAGCGACUCAGCCCAGUAUCACUUCAAAUUCACAACACCAAUCUUUGAAUGGGGGAGUAGUUUAGCCGGUACAACUCUGACUGUCACAGAUCCAGAUCUGCAGGUGCAGAUAAGAUCAAUUUGGUUUUCUUCCAAGAAUGAGCUGAAGUGUCACAGCAGAUGUCGUCUACCUGAUCGUCCUUCCUUUAUCUGGUACAAGAAUGGACAGGAAGUUCGUAAAGAAACAUCUUCUUCUUAUUCAGGCUACUUUGGAUCUGUAGACAGCUAUUCCUGUGCUGUCAAAGGACAUGAGGAUUUCCCCUCUCCUCCAGCGUGUGCCAAUGGUCAAACCUGCAACAGAGUGACGUACACCAGCAGAAGCAUCUGUGCCUCCAAAGGCUCAUCAGUGGACAUUUCUUGCACUUACAAGAGUUAUGAAGAUGAUGUUGAAUCUAAACUCUGGUUCAGUCAUUCACAACCUGGGAACAUUACUGAAGACUACCAGAACGCAGGUCGUGCUCAAGUCCUCGAAACAAAGGGAGGACACUCUACCCUGAGAAUCACUGACCUGAGAGAGAGCGACUCAGCCCAGUAUCGCUUCAAAUUCACAACACCAAGCUUUGAAUGGAACAGUAGUUUACCUGGUACAACUCUGACUGUCACAGCUCUCCAGGUGCAGGUGACCAGAAUAACAGUCGGGCAGUCUGUUACUGAGGCAGAGCUGAAGUGUCACAGCAGCUGCAGUCCAGCUGGUCGUCUUUCCUACGUCUGGUUCAAGAAUGGAGAGAAAAUCAUUGAGGAGGACAGUUCUUCAUAUAAAGACAAGUUUUAUCCUGGAGACUUCAUCUCUUGUGCUUUUGAAGGACAUGGGGAUUACAGCUCUCCUUCAGUGUAUGCUCUGGAGGUUCCCUCUGUGUCAGUGAAUCGCUCUGAUGAAAUCAUGGAGGGUACUUCGGUGACUCUGACCUGUGGUGGUGAUGCUAACACAGCAGCUAAAUACACCUGGUACAAGGAGAAUCAAACACUGAUCACUGAAGGACCACAGCUUGUCUUCAGCUCCAUCCAGUCCUCUGACUCUGGACUGUAUUACUGCACAGCUGAGAACCAGCUGGGGAGGAGGACGUCUGACUACAUGUUUAUUAACGUGAAAUAUGCUCCAAAGCUUCCCUCUGUGUCAGUGAGUCCCUCUGCUGAGAUAAUGGAGGGCAGUUCAGUGACUCUGACCUGUAGCAGUGAUGCUAACCCAGCAGCUAAAUACACCUGGUACAAGGAGAACCAAACACUGGUUCAAGGACCAGAAGGAAAUUAUCGCUUCACUUCCAUCAGCUCUGAAGACAGAGUUUACUACCACUGCAGGUCUAAGAAUCAGUAUGGACAGAUGAACUCUUCAUCUUUAUUUAUAGAUGUCCAGUAUGCUCCAAAGCUUCCCUCUGUGUCAGUGAGUCCCUCUGCUGAGAUAGUGGAGGGCAGUUCAGUGACUCUGACCUGUAGCAGUGAUGCUAACCCAGCAGCUAACUAUACCUGGUACAAGGAGAAUGAAGACUCACCAAAAGCAUCAGGACAGAUCUUCACCAUCUCUAACGUCACAGCUGAACACAGUGGGAAUUAUUACUGUGAAGCCCAGAACACAAGAGGACGUCAUAACUCCACCUUACAUCUGACUGUUGUGGCAGGAGCAUGGAAAUCAACAGCUGUUGGAACAACCACUACUGCUGUCCUCGCUGUCAUACUUCUCUCUGUCUUUAUACUGACUAGAAAGAAGAGGGCUGCCAAGCAAUCAUUCAAGUCUGGGGAGAGAUCAGACUACAGGACACAGUAUCUUCCACCUGGGAGACAGCUGGACGACCCGCAGGACGAACUUCACUAUGCCAGUGUCCGAUUUUGCAAGAACCAGGCAGAUUUGGCCGUCAGACCAGUUCAGCCCCACAGACACGAGACCGAGGAGAGUGUUGUGUAUGCUGAUGUCAUAUUUAAGAGAUGUCAGAAAUCAACCGGAGAGGAUCCAGCUGCACUGUACAGCACAAUCAACAAAGCCCGCUGAACAUAUGGUAUUUAUAUGAUGUAGUUUGUUUAUUUUAGCAUGUAACCAUUUAUUUAAUAUUCUGAG